AUGGCCACAGAAGGUGAAGAAGAAGCAAUAGCACAGCGUAUAUCACGAAUUACAGAUAUUGUCCAGGAACCGCUUGAGUAUAUCGCACCCAUUGGUGGCUAUGAAGAAAUGCCACUUGUUUCACUUGAAAUAGCUGUUGAACCGCUUGUCUGUAUUCUACCAGCUGUUCAAAGUCACGCAUAUGUUGCCAAACAGCGAUGUAAGAAUCCUGCCGAUGGAUUGACACAAGAUGAAUCCGCGUCAAUUAUGUUGUACACAAUGGGAUGGAAGCCACUAGAUAAAUGCUUAUAUUUCGUUUUGAAUGAUACAUUACGCUCAUCAGAUAGGCAACAAAAGCUUGAACCAUGGUAUUUGUUUAUGAGACUCUUCCUUAAUGCACUCUUUCGUCUUCCGUCGCUAGCUAAAACUGCGUACAGAGGUGUUAAACUAGAUCUUAGCAAGUGCUACAUCCAAGGACAAACAAUCGUCUGGUGGGGUUUCUCGUCUUGUACAACGGCUGUUGGUGUCCUACAAUCGGAACUAUUUUUGGGAAUGACGAGUACUAGAACAAUGUUUACCUUACAAUGUCAAUCAGCUAGAGAUAUCCGUAGGCAUUCGUAUUAUCGAGCUGAAGACGAAGUACUUCUUAUGGCAGCAACUCAAUUCAACGUAGUCAGUUGUCUUAAUCAAGGUAAUCUCCAUAUUAUCCAAUUGGAAGAAACUAGCCCACCAUUUCCACUCUUACAGCCAGUACCAGUUGUUGUUCCACCACCAAUCAAUCCAACUCUCCCAAGUAAGUAAAAACCAAAACAAAAGAAUAUUUUACUUCUUAAGUAAAGCUUCAAUUUUCGAUACUGCGAAAAAUAUCAAGGAUUAUAUUCUUCAAUUAAUGUUCGCAUCACAAAAAAUGAACAUAAAGAAUCAAUUUGCUACCCAUUUAAAAAGAACGGUUAAGAAGCGAAUUAAAAUCGGUUUAGUUUAAAAGAACAGAAAAAAAGAUUCUUCAUGACAAUUUUCCUUUAAAUUCAAUGGAAUCUUGAGUUUCAAAUAACAACUUUCACGAAAACUCGAUGUUGUCCAAGUCAUCGAUUAAAUAUUUCAUUAUCCUCAAGCAUUUUUUUUAUGUAUUUACUGAACUCUGUUUUCUGUUGUAAAACCAAUAUAAUCGA